CUAUACCAGAUAUUAAUGUGCACCUGCAAAAACAUCUUAAAUUCAAAUGUUGACAGCAAUAUUACAUAUUAUCUGAUUCAUCACUGAAUACUAUGAAUAUUUAAGUAGUAGGUGGGUUUAAUGCAGUAUAAAUAAACCUCACAUUUCAUGGGAUGUCCCUGUUUCUGUACAUACAAAUUAGUCAAGGCAGUGAAGGAAGGCAGAAAGCCAAACUGACAGACUGAACAUUGUACCACAGCUUCAAAGUGAUCUGUUGAUGAAGAACGGAGUGAACAUCAGGGGCAGGUUACAAAUGAGGACAUAAUCAAUUGUGAAAAUUGAGCAUCAUGGAGGACAACAGUCAAGAAAUCCAGUAUUGCUUUCCAAAUAACAAUUUGUCUUGUUUCAAAGAUAUCAAACCUGAAGUGGAGUAUGUUAUUUUGUUCAUUUUCAUUUCUUUAGCAUCAGUUUUUACAGUGUUUCUGAACCUGCUGGUGAUCAUCUCUAUCUCUCACUUCAAGCAGCUCCACACUCCAACCAACCUGCUCAUUCUCUCUCUGGCUGUGGCCGACCUGAUCGUGGGACUGAUUGUUAUACCGUUAAUGGGCAUCAGAUUCAUAGAAUCAUGCUGGUACUUUGGAGAGACAUUUUGUUCUCUAUUUUUAUUUACCGUUUUUGUGGUUGUUUCAGCAUCUCUUCGUAAUUUAGUCUUUAUAUCCGUAGAUCGUUACAUUGCUGUGAGUGACCCUUUGAGAUACACAGUAAGGGUCACAACUGAUAAAUAUGUGAAAAUCUUCUGUGUUGCAAAAUACCAGGCCAAGGUUGUAAAUUCUGUCACAGGUGUCAGCAGAUCACAAAGGAAGGCAGGAAAAACUCUGGGGAUUGUUGUUGCCAUUUUCUUCAUGUGUUGGAUACCUUACUAUGUAGUCAUCCUUAUUGAAGGAAAUGAGUCAACAGAAUCGGUUGAACUUAAUGUAACAUGCUGGAUUUUGUACAUGAAUUCCUGUAUGAAUCCACUUAUCUAUGCACUGUUUUAUAAAUGGUUUAGAAUAUCAGCUAUACACAUUGUGACUUUAAAAAUAUUUAAACCAUCAUCUGAAUACUUCAGUCUUUUCCCAGAGGAUAAAUGA